CGGCCUACAACCUCAAAGAGUUGCAGGAAGAGGUUUUGCUCAUAAAUAGACACACACACCCCCACACACACACACACACACACACACAUAGAAGUCUCGGACCGGGCUGAGUGAUGGCUGGCUGUGACGAGGGUCCAGAGGACGAUUUCUGUCUGAGGUGGACAUGGGUGAAGGUCAUCGUAAUGGUCUGCUGUUACGGCGAGGUGGUCCGAGGCGGUCAGUCUCCCGCCAAGGUGGUAACCGGGGGCAACCUGACAGCCAGGUCUGGAGACAGCGUGACGUUCCGCUGUGAGGUUCGUAAUGGCUCCCACAUCAUCACAGUGGAGUGGACCCGGUGUGACCGAGGGGCGGCGCCCAGCAAGGUCCUCGUCUUCAUGACCUCGGGGUCACAGCUGUCACUUAGCGACACCCACCAGGGACGUGUCACCAUGACGACAGCCAGCAGCUUCACCCUGAGGAACGUGAGCAUGGAGGACUUUGGGUUGUACUGCUGCAAGCUGAACGUGUUCCCUGAUGGAGUGCUGCAGGCAGAAGUGCAUCUGAAUGAAGAGGCAGACCAUGCAGCUUCUCAAAGAAACAUGCUGUUAGUCACAGGUGUUGUGUGUGCUGUAGUGUUGGUGAUUGUUGUGACGACUGUGAUUGUUUGUAAGAAGCGCAGAGUCCAGCUCCGGGACUACGUCAACGUAUCAGUGCACCAAGGGAGCGUCCCAAAAGGUCCUGAUGACACGGGACAGGAGAACGUCAAGAGUGCUGAGAACAUCAAGGGAGCAGAGGAGAACAUGAAGGGUGCAGAGGAGAACAUCAAGGGUGCAGAGCAGAACAUCAGGAGUACAGAGGAGAACAUCAAGGGUGCAGAGCAGAACAUCAGGAGUACAGAGGAGAACAUCAAGGGUGCAGAGGAGACCGACCAGCGCCAGGCGAUACUGGCACCCUGCGCCAGAUCAUGUAGAGGGUCUGUCUCACUUGGACCUGAGGAAGCAGAGAUGACGACGCAACAACACGCCACCUAGUGGUUAAACACCUGUGCUGCACGAGGAGUUGCAUUCCCAUCUCACUUUUUAUUUUGGGAAUUAUUAGCUAUAUUUAUACUUUUAUUUUGAUGACUAUUGAUUUAUAUUUCAAACCUUAUUUUAAUGUUAUGUAAACAUUUUUGUAUUUGCACAUGUACUGUAUUCUGACAUAGUUAUAAUAGCAGCAUAUGUUUUUGUUUUGUUUGGAUAGAUUAAGUGAGACUAUUCAGAAAGUAUUUAAAUCAGGAAGUAUAUAUUUAUGGAUUGAUGUCACACAUAAAGGUUACUGAUGAUGUCA